AAAUGCGUAUGUGUGUGAAGAAAGAAACACUCACUCAACGUGUGCUCUCGGGGCUCUAGAGUGUCGGAAAAUUAAGCACAAAAAUAAAUUAAUAAAAAUGGAUUCGAGAAAGAUUAUAGAAGUUUUACGUGCUACAUUAGAUGCUAACCAGCAACAACAAGCGCAUGAACAAUUACAACAGAAUUGGGAAGAAAAAGAAUCCUUACCUGGAACACCUCUGGUCUUCUCUAUCCAUGAGCAAGAUCGUGCUAUGGUUCGUGAUAGCAUUGUUGAUGCGAUUGUCCUUGCUCCGGAGCCAAUAAGAGUUCAGCUUUGUGUAUGCAUUAACAAUAUAAUUAAGCAUGAUUUCCCUGAUCGUUGGACCCAAGUAGUUGAUAAAAUUAGCAUUUAUCUUCAAAAUAAUGAUCCCAGUGCAUGGAACGGAGCAAUGCUCUGUCUCUAUCAACUUGUUAAAAACUACGAAUACAAAAAAUCCAACGAAAGGUUACCAUUGACAGAAGCGAUGAACCUUCUUCUUCCAAUGGUUUAUAAUCUUAUGAUAAACUUAUUGAAACAUGAUCCAUUAAACGACAACGAUCAAUUUGUUCUCCUUCAAAAACUUAUCCUUAAAAUUUAUUACGCACUCACACAAUACGCUCUACCUCUUGAUGUUAUCACAAGAGAAAUGUUUUCGAAAUGGAUGGAGAUAUGUGUUCAAGCUCUCGAUCGUCCAAUGAAUCCACAAAAGCUCGACGAGAAUUCAGAGGAAAAUAUGGAACUUCCUGAGUGGAAAGUUAAGAAAUGGGCAACUCAUAUAAUGUCAAGAAUGUUUGAACGUUACGGAAGUCCAGGAAAUGUAGUGUCAAAGGAAUAUGAAGAAUUCGCAAAAUGGUAUCUCACGACAUUCUCAUCAGGAAUACUUCAAGUUCAGUUCAAAGUUCUCGGUGAAUAUAGAAACAAAAGUUAUGUAUCGCCGCGUGUUAUGACUGACAUUUUGAACUAUUUGAAGAACUCAGUGUCACACGCUUUUACAUGGAAGAUAAUUAAACCACAUGCGAUUGCUCUCAUUCAAGACGUCAUCUUUCCUUUAAUGUCAUUCUCAGAAGCUGAUGAAGAGUUAUGGGACAUGGACCCAAUAGAAUAUAUUCGACAAAAGUUUGAUGUAUUUGAUGACAUUUCAUCGCCAGUGCCUGCUGCAGAGAGUCUCUUGCAUAGUUUAUGUAAAACUAGAAAAGGAAUUUUGACUAAUGUUAUGAAUGCUUUUUUGACGAUCAUCAAUAAUCCAAAUAUCACGCCAAAGGAAAAAGAUGGAGCUCUUCAUAUGGUUGGAAGCUUAGCUGAUGUUUUACCGAAGAAGAAAGUUUUUAAAGAUCAAGUUGAGACAUUAUUGGUUCAAUAUGUUUUCCCCGGUUUUCAAAGUCCUCAAGGUCAUCUUCGUGCUCGCUCGUGUUGGGUUUUGCAUUGUUUUAGUGAAAUCAGAAUUAAAGAUCCUUUAAACCUCGCAAAAAUCAUGCAACUUACGACAAAUGCACUCUUGACAGAUCCUGAUUUACCAGUGAAAGUUGAAGCCGCUGUAGCCAUUCAAAUGUAUUUGAUAUCACAACCAGAAUCAAAUCAAUACAUUGAACAUCAAAUUAAGCCGAUAACAGUUGAAUUAUUGAAGAUUAUUCGUGAAACUGAAAAUGAAGACUUAACUAAUGCACUUCAGAAGAUUGUUUGUUCAUUUUCUGAUCAAUUGGUGCCAAUCGCUGUGGAUAUUUGUCAACAUUUGGCUACAACGUUUAGUCAAGUUCUUGAAGGUGAUGAUUCAAAUGAUGAUCGAGCAAUUACAGCAAUGGGACUGCUCAACACAAUGGACACGUUGUUGUCAGUUAUGGAGAAUAAACCCGACGUCUUAGCUAAUUUACAUCCGAUCGUUCUUCAAGUCAUUGGACAUAUUAUUCAAAAUAAUAUUCAUGAGUUUUAUGAAGAGGCCUUUUCGCUGAUCUACGAUCUUACAUCAAAGAGCAUUUCAUCAGACAUGUGGAAGCUUCUCGAGUUCAUUUAUCAAAUGUUUGAGAAAGACGGUAUCGAUUAUUUCCUCGACAUGAUGCCAGCACUUUACAACUACGUGACAGUCGACACAAAUGCGUUCCUUUCCAAUCAGAAUCAUGUGUUGGCACUUUUUAACAUGUGUAAAAAAGUUUUGACAAGUAAUGAAGUGACUGAAGAGUCUGAAUGCAAUGCAGCGAAGUUACUGGAAGUUAUGAUCCUUCAAUGUCGCGGUAGACUUAACGAAUGCAUUCCAAGUUUUGUUGAGCUCGUUUUUGGUCGACUGAUAAGAGAAGUUAAAACAUCAGAAUUAAGAACGAUGUGCUUGCAAGUUGUCAUUGCAGCGCUUUAUGCAAAUCCUGUUCCGUUGUUAGAUAUUUUGAGUAAGCAGCCAAUGCCGAACUCAACUGAUUCCAUUCUUUCACAUUUUGUUAAGCAAUGGAUUCACGAUACUGACUGUUUCCUUGGGGUGCAUGAUAGGAAGUUGUGGAUCGUCGGGAUGUGCACUCUCAUCACACUGGGUAAUGCAAAACCAACAGUUCUUAGUGAAGUGUCAAAUGAAAUUAUUCCCUCAAUGAUUAUGAUAUUUGAUGGAUUAAAGCGAGCUUAUGAAGCGAGGGCUGAAGCUGAAGAAGAGGAAGAAACUGAUGACGAGGAAGAUGAUGAUGAUUGCGAGGAAGGAAUUUCAAGCGAUGAAGAUGAAAUGAAUGAAUUAGACAACAGUUACAUGGAACGUAUUUCUGAGUUGAUGACAAGUAAGGCUAAGGAGCAAGGAUUAAAUAUUACCGCUAAAAUUAAGAAUGCAGAAUAUGUCGAUGAAUAUCUCGUUUUCUCUGAUGUUAUGCGAGAACUUCCAAAUCAAGAUCCUAGCUGGUUCACCAUGUUAAGUUCCAAUUUAACUGAAGAUCAAAAGAAAUCUCUUCAACAAAUUCUCACAACAGCUGAACAGAAGAGAAAUCAGAAGCGAUCUGAUGCAAUUGAGAAAAGUGGAGGUUUUCAAUUCACUCAACAAUCAAUUCCAACCAACUUCAACUUCAGCAGUCCUCCAUCGAAAUAGUUCUUUUAAAUGAAUUGAAUUUUGGUUUUUAAUUGAAAAUAACCAUCAACAAAAUCAAUUUUAAAGAUCGAUUAAUCACAUAGAUAUGAAAAAACGACCUCACUAAACUGUUUUACACUUUAAAGUUUGUGAAUUUUCCUUUUUCUUUUAAUUUGUUUUUCCUUUUGGAUUUAUUGAUAUUAAUUUUAUAAGAAAGCAAAAUGUUUCAUCACCGAAUCGAUUAUUGUACAAACAAUGUACAUUGUAAUUAAAACAAGUUUUUGACGGAAGAAAUUUAAUGUGAAUGAUGAAAAUUAUUUUUGUUUUUCAUUUUAUGCUAAUCAUAAAUGUACAUAUUUGAUCUAUUCAUCAUAAUAUCUAUGAUGUGAUCAAAUAACAUCCUUUCAUGCAACAGUCAUUUACAGCUACAUUUAUUGUCUCCUACAUAAUUUAUUUUGAAAAAUCAAUUCAAACAUUUUGACCUAAAUUUCUCGUUAACAAUUUAUUCAUAAAAUCAAGUUAAGUUUGCUGUUCCUCUAAAUUUCUCUAAUUAAUUAACAUUGGAUGACAAAGUUUAGAAUAUGAAAUUUUUGCCUUUUUGAGAUACAAAAAAAAAAAUAAAUCAAGAAUGAUCGUGAUAUUGGCAAACUGAAAUGAAUUGUCUAGGAAAUAAAUAAAAUGCGCUUAAUUAUCAUCCUUCUAUUUAGUAUUGUUUAUUAAGAAUAAAAAUCACAGAAGUGUUAAUUGCAUAUUCAUGAUUAAUUCUGUUAAUCAUUAUGUGAGGCCACAAUAAAAAAAAGCUUCAACAACAUCAAGAUCUUCACCAACAUAAAUCUAGAUUUCAAUGAACCCAAGAAAGAAACGAAAAACGAACUUGACGAUCAGUAAACAACAAAAAAUUCACAUAACAGUGCUUUUGAAUUGAAGAACC